GUUUAUCUGUUGUAUUUGAUGGGAAAAGAGAAGAUUAUUUCUCUGAACUAAUUAAAUGGGCCAGAGAAAAUGGUGCAUCCACAGAUGGUUUUGAGGUGGCUAACUUUGGAGAAGAGGGUUUUGGAUUAAAAGCCACACGAGAGAUAAAAGCUGAAGAACUUUUUCUCUGGGUUCCCAGAAAAUUGAUGAUGACCGUAGAAUCAGCUAAAAAUUCAGUCCUGGGAUCUCUGUAUUCUCAAGAUCGAAUUCUUCAAGCUAUGGGCAACAUCACAUUAGCGUUUCAUCUUCUUUGUGAACGAUGCAACCCUAGUUCAUUCUGGCUGCCUUACAUCCAGACUCUCCCAAAUGAAUAUAAUACUGCUCUUUACUUUGAAGAAGAUGAAGUUCAGUAUCUUCAGUCAACUCAGGCCAUACAUGAUGUUUUUAGCCAGUAUAAAAAUACUGCCCGACAGUAUGCCUAUUUCUACAAAGUUGUACAGACCCAUCCUAAUGCCAGCAAACUGCCAUUAAAGGAUUCUUUCACUUACGAUGAUUACAGGUGGGCAGUUUCCUCUGUCAUGGCUCGACAAAACCAGAUUCCUGCUGAGGAUGGCUCACGGGUUACAUUAGCUCUAAUACCUUUAUGGGACAUGUGUAAUCACACCAAUGGGCUGAUUACUACAGGCUACAAUUUAAAAGAUGAUCGUUGUGAGUGUGUGGCACUCCAAGAUUUUAAAGCUGGUGAACAGAUUUACAUUUUUUAUGGCACUCGGUCAAAUGCUGAAUUUGUGAUCCACAGUGGAUUUUUCUUUGAUAAUAAUUCACAUGACAGAGUGAAAAUAAAACUUGGAGUAAGUAAAAGUGACAGGCUAUAUGCUAUGAAGGCAGAAGUCUUAGCUCGUGCUGGAAUCCCAACUUCCAGUGUUUUUGCUUUGCAUUCAACGGAGCCUCCAAUCUCUGCUCAACUGCUGGCUUUUCUUAGAGUCUUUUGUAUGACUGAAGAUGAGCUGAAGGAACACUUGAUAGGCGAACAUGCAAUUGACAGAAUCUUCACCCUUGGUAAUUCAGAAUUUCCAGUGAGCUGGGACAAUGAGGUGAAACUUUGGACUUUCCUGGAAGCCAGGGCAUCUCUUCUCUUGAAAACGUACAAGACUACUAUUCCAGAUGACAAAUCCAUUUUGGAAACACAAGACCUUACCUGUAAUGCAACUAUGGCUAUUAAAUUGCGUUUAGGUGAAAAAGAAAUUUUGGAAAAAGCAAUAAAAAGUGCUGCUGCGAAUCGAGAAUACUACAGCAAACAAAUGGCAGAAGGAGCGCUCCUCCCCAGAUAUGAAGAAAGUAAUGUUGCCUUGCUGGAGAACACUGUGGCAGACUCGAGACUCCCAAUUGUCUUGAGAAAUUUGGAUGAAGAGACAGAGGAGCCACAGGAUUUAAAGAUUGAGGAAAGCAUUGGUGCAGAAGCAAAUGGAUUUGUGAAUGGUGACAGUUCUUUGCUUAAUAGGACCAAAUUGGAAAAUGAAAAGUUAAAUCAAGAAGAAAGCAGCAGAGAGACUGAGGAUACCAAAGAAUCUUCUUCAGACAGUACUGAUGAAGUUAAGGAAUAGCUCUAAAUCGUUCUGAUUUUAUUGUGAAAUGGAAAACUAGCAGGUGUUCUUUUUCUCCUCUUUGAACAGUAAUUUACAUUGGUGUUUUUCUUAACAUUUCUUUCUGCAGAGGAAUGGGGGGUGCUUGAUAACAAGAAAAAAGAAGUUUAAGUUAUUUAAAAGAUUUCGCAUCCCUUUUCUAUUAAGAUUGCCAUCUUGCUUUUGGAGUCCAGGAAUAAGUCAAGAAAAAAGUACCUUUGGAACUUUGUGCAGUCCUUGGUUGAGAAAAUACAUUUACUUCCUAGGGAAGAGGCCAGCUUCAUCUGCUGCUUUUCUGUUCUGUUUACUUUGACUUCUAAAAUUCAAAGCUUGUUUUUUGCACCUUGCCCAAGGAAGUGGUAGGAUUAGCUUCUGAUAUAGACUGAAAACAGAACAGAACAGAGAAUAGAUAUCAAAAUGGAAAAUCUAGGAAAGAGUCAGAUAUGCUACUCCCUAAAAGGUAAGGUGGCAAUCUUAUUUUCAUUAGGUUUGAAAUAUCAGUAAGAAUACUUAUUUUAUUCUAAUUAUAGUGGUUUCUAAGAAUGUUGGUUUAUUUUGUGGUUGUUUUACUGUAUGAGAAGUUUCAUUCCCCCUCUUUGCCCCCCCCCUUCCCCUCCCACACAAAAAAUCAAAGUUUGCAACUAUGGUACAUCCUCCACUUUAUUUUUAAGGUGUGACCUUUUAUUUUGAAAUGGCACUGUUGUAUUUGGUGAAGAAAAGGUUGGAAGUAGAUCAUUCAGCCCAUGGCUUUAAACUGUGUUGUUCAAAGUGAGAUUGCUCCCCACCUUUUUCAGAUUUUCAGAUAACUAGAGAUUUUCAGAGCAACACUUUUGACUAAGAAAAUUAUUAAAAGUGAAACCUUACUAACGUGUGUCUGCUACUUUUCAUUAAUGCUGCAUGGCUUAACAUGCUAAGUUGUACACUAAUUCUAAAUUUCUGUUUGCAGUUUUAGGGGAGUUAAAGGAGAUUUAUUUUCAGAAGACUGCUAGACCAUACCCAGAAUAUGCAAAUUAGCAUGAUCCAGAAGAAAAAUGGAAUUUUUUUGUGGUUCUUAGAAUGUUCCAUCCAUAAAACAAUACAUUUUCUGCAUCCCUAAUGUGCAGAAAUAUUUUUGGCUUUGUGGAUCCUUAAAGUCUGUUCUUUUGGAGCACAGUUUAGAGUUUGUGACAUCCCAUUGACAUCCACAAAUAAAUAGCAGUGUUUAACUGCAGAGAUAAGCUGAAACAGUUCUUAUUUUUUAAAAGAUGUCAAAAAUGCUUCUAAUUUUGGUGUGUUUUUGAUUGCACCCUUAUCACUUUAUGUUUCAAAAAAGUGUAAUUUUUAAGGUCUCAGAAUAGGCCAAGCUCUGGAACCCUGAACCAGGGAACAUGAAAUUGAAACAUCCCAACACAAAUACAUUAAAUUUUCAUGCAUUAUUUUUUGAGUUAUAUUUCUAGCCUGUGCAAUUUUAAGUAGAACUAAUAUUCUCUCCUUAGCUGCUUUGAAAAUGGCCUUCAAAGGAUAUAGGAGCAGUUAUAUCAAGUCAGCUCAUGAAAUAUUUGCAUAGUCUCUGAAAUCAGAAGGAAUAGAAUUGAAUCUUUAGUGUAUGGGUUUGGGAAUUCAGUUAUAAUGAAUAUAAAUAACUCCAUGUAUUUUCCUAAGAUUAGCAGAAGCCAAAAUAAACAAAUAUAUGCAAAUUUUUACUUUGUACGAAUCAUCUUACAGAAACGUUUGUGUGGGAUUUUAAUAUCUUUUAUUGUACAUUAGCCAUGUUUUAUUUCACAGUAGCUGAUUGGUCUUAGGUAGCAUACAAAUUAAAUAUUAAAUGUGAAACUAUAAGAAUAGUAUAAUAAAACAAAGAUUACAAAGCAGAAAUUUCAUUUUUCCUAUGUAAAUUACCGCAUUUCCCAGUGAAAUGCUUGAGUGUUUCAAACAACUGUUUUUUAAAGAAAAACGCUGCCAAAAUUAAUAUAAUGCAGCAUUUUUCUUAUAUAUUAUAUAUGAAUGCAGCACGUUUAGCUUUCUGAAGAGAUGGUUCCUUAAUAAACUCAGUUAUCAUGCAAUGGCCUCUAUUAUAAACACCACUCUUUCUGAAUUCAUAAAGAACAUGGUACUACAAGUCAGCUGUUAUUACUUGAGAAGAUUCAUACAGGAGACAAUACUGCUAUGCAAUACUCACCUAGCAAAUUUGGAGUUUUAUAAGUAUUGCCUCUCCCCUUCAGUCAGGCCCAGAAGCCAGUGCAGCUGAGUAUGUAUUAUUUUCAUUAUUUCUUCAUACAGCAAUUAUCAAUGUGGACCAGUAUUCUGGUCUAUAAUUGUGACUUCUGACAGUCUUCAGAGGCAAUUCCCAGAGUCACUGGGAGUUGGGCAGCAUAUACAUUUAAUAAAUUAUUAUUUUUCCACAUGGUGCAAUAAUUUAUUUUCUGAACUGACAGAGCAUAGAUGAUAGAAGCAAUAUUGUACUGAAAAAGUGAUGCAGGUGACAUAAUUAUUUUUCUGGACCAGAACCACUGUUUAGGAGUUUGCUGCAUGUUUGAUCCUUCAGGGAAUCCUAUCCAAUAGGGGUGAAUCCAUGUACCUAAUAAUGAUCACCAUGCAUCAUUAUUUCUGUUCCAUAUGGAUUUUUUUUUUAUAUAUAUAUAUUAUUUUUUUUUUAAUGGUGCUAGGAACCAGCCAUCUUUUUUAUUUUGUGAAUCUUUCAGUCUACAGCAUCACCCAUACAGCAGUUCAAAGCAACCAUCCUGUUCUCAGAUCUGAUAAAGCUGGGCUAUUUUGUAAUUCUGCUCAUAUUCCACUCUGAAACUAUGGAUGAUCUGUUCCAGAAAAUGAAAAGAAUAAGGCGUGACACAGAAAUGGUGUCUUUUCUAAACCUAUCCAAAGUAUCUACCAAAUCAUAAAGCAACAAUUACUGUACACUAUACUGUAGUCCUCUAGUUUCCUUUUCUUUAAAAUAAAACAGCAAGAUCUAAUGAUUAAGUCUGGGGAAAAUGCAACAGAUGUCCAGAAGAACUAACUUGGUUACAUUCCCCAUCCAUCUCUACAAGCUGUACAUAUUAGAGAAGUUUCUCUCCCAGACUCCAGUAAAUACAUACACAUACACACACACACACAUACACACACACACACAUAUAUAUACAUACACACAGACACACACACAUAUAUAUAUCAAAUAAAUAUGCAUUCUUCAUAUGUCUUCCAAAAGAUUGUUUAAGGCUACUUGGUUCAAAAAUGGUCUUCUCACCACUGUUAACAUGGAUAAAUAAUACUUUUAAUUAUGCUGGGGGAUGUAUUCCUUCAUAAAGAAAGCACACAUCAAACCUAUUAUAAUUUCUCUUAACUUGACUUAAUUAGCUAAUAUAAUCAGUAAAGAUAAAAACUCCCCAAGUAGAGCUCAACUCCUAAUAACUUCUUGGACACAUCUAUAUUAUUUCUUGACAGUAAUUUGGAACUUCGAAACUAAACAAGGUAGACCAGUUGAGAAUUACAGUUUUGAUAGUUACUGUCAAUAGCAAGCCAAUUCUAUAAUGCUUAAGAAAACUGCAUUGAUGCAGUCACCAGAACUAGAGUUCAACUAAAUGGCAUACUGUAUUUUCUUGAUUACUGGUUUUCAAUCUUUAGUAUCUUAAGUCCUACCAUUCUAAUGAUCAAGGAACCAGUCAUUCUUUGUGAGUCCUACCAUUGUGAGUCCUACCAUGUUAGAAACAAAAACAAAUGUUUCUAGAAGUACAUUUAUAUGUUUACAGGCAUUUUAUUACACAUGUAUCAUUUAUGGUAAGUUUUAAAUGCUUACAGUCUUAAUGGCUGACCUUGUCUUCCACUUAUCUUCUUCUGAGUCCCAUUUGUAGUAUGUUUACUACCAGUUGAGAACUGGCUGAAUCAUGCCACGUCCUGCAGUUUUUGCCACAGCACUGGAAUAUCAUGAAAUUCAUGCAAGUGUUAGAGAUACAUGGGACAUAGACAGAUUUUAACUUGGCCAAAACUAAACAUUACUACAGCUUUCCCCAAUUUGGUGUCUUCCAGAUAAGUUGGCAUAAAUCCAAGAAUUCCCAGCCAGCAGAAUGCAUGUACUCAGGUGUAAGAUGAAGGGUGCCAGGUUUAUAAUCUGUAGGGGACUCAGCAAUGUGCAGGAACUACAAAAGAAAAAAAAAUAUUGUAAAUUUAGUCUACAGUGAUAGAACCUCAAAUUUGAGGUAAAGACAAGUUAGCUUUACUCAAAACUAGCAAGAGCUCCUGUGGAACACAUGUUCUGGACAUUUCAAAGUAGCCUUCCCAUUUUGACAUGCUCCAGAUACUUUUGUCUACACCUCUAAUCAUCCCCAAUGAGGAUUCAAAACAACCAAUGAGGAAGAAAUACAGGAGUUGUAGUCAAAACACAUGGAAAGCUUGUGUAAUGUGUGUUUCUAAUUUCAGUUGGGGUGGAUUGGUCAUAAUCAGAACAUGAUUGCAACAAUGUAUUCAUAAAGUGUCUUGCAAACAUGAAACAAUUUCAGAGAUGCAGAUCCUAAAUAGAGAAAUUUUCCCUUGUACAACAGCCAGACCUGAAGUACAGAAUAAUGCCACUGAGCUAAAUGGUGCCUUUAUGAAUUAGUAACUAUACGCUAGUCUCUUUUCUUGGUCCAAAAACAACAAACAAUGACUGCUAGAUAGGACUUUGCUCAAGACAAUUCUACAGUGAAAAUCAAAGCUUUUUGGCUGGUGUGGGUCUUCCGGGCUGCGUG